UACAUAACGUUUAAGAGCAUAUGUACAGCUAGCUCACAUGUCCAGUCUCUAUGGUUCAAUUCUUCGGCCGGCGCCGGCUCGUUGCGCAUAUUGAAAGGAACGCUAGCUUUAGUUAUAAAGAGGCUUUGCUCUUUGAAGCCUACUCUUCCCUGAAUGGCGAAGAAACGUUCCUCAUCGAUGUACUGACUGCUGUUGUAUUGAGAAUCAACUGAGUUGAUAAGUUUGACCACUGAUCUUCACAGGACGUAUCACAGCUUGAAGACUGCACCAUGAGCUGUCCGUUCAUGUCAGGAGAAAGACGUGAAGAUACUAUCUCCAGCAGUAACAACGGCAGUGAUGGGUGUGAUGGCGGAGGCGGUGAUGCCAUCCAAAGGGCAGCAGGCCCCAGCAAGGAGGACAACCCUGCCCUGCAUUACCACAAGUACCUGCAGCUGGAGAAAGUGCUGAGCUCGCAGCAGCUGGAGUCGGAGCGACAGGGUUGCAAAGUUCAUGAUGAACACUUGUUUAUUGUCAUACACCAGGUUUAUGAGCUGUGGUUCAAACAGAUUCUGUACGAGAUCGACUCCGUCCGCAGUCUGCUCAGCCAAGUGCCGUUUGAUGAGAGGAAGCAACUCGUCAUUAACCAACGCAUGGGUCGUGUUGUGACCAUCAUGAAGGUGGUGGUGGAACAGAUUCAUGUCUUGGAAACCAUGACACCCAUGGACUUCCUGGAGUUCCGCACCUACCUGGCCCCAGCCUCAGGCUUUGAGAGUCAACAGUUCCGGGUCCUUGAAAACAGGCUUGGAAUAAAACCAGAGUGGCGUGUGAAAUACUCAAAGAGGAACUACGAGCACGCCCACAAGGGUGAACUUCUGGCAGAGAUCAAACGAGCGGAGGUUGACCCCUCACUUCUGUCUAUUGUUCAGCAAUGGCUGGAGAGAACACCUGGCCUGGAGACCAGCGGCUUCAACUUCUGGGCAAAGUUUGAGGCUGCCGCGAAUGAGAUGAUGAGGGACAUCCUGAAGGAUAUUGAGGAGAUUGAGGAUGGACAUGAAAAAGAAGCCAUGAUGCAGGAGCACAACAUAGCCAAGGAGAGCUUUUCAUCUGUCUUUGAUGUCGAAAAGCAUAAAGCUAUGUUGAGCAGGGGAGACAGACGGUUCUCCCACAAGGCACUCCAGGGUGCACUCUUGAUAUCCCUGUAUCGUGAGGAGUCUCGUUUCAGCCAGCCAUUUCAGUUUCUGACCCUGCUGAUGGAUCUAGACUCCCUCCUGAUGAAAUGGCGACUGAAUCAUGUCCAGCUGGUGCAGAGGAUGAUUGGUGGCAGGCCGGGUACCGGUGGCUCCUCCGGUUACUUGUACUUGAAAGCCACAGCCAGUGAUCGCUACAAGGUGUUUGUGGAUCUUUUCAAUCUGUCCACAUUUCUCCUUCCUCGGAAGUACAUUCCAGCCCUGACGCCUGACAUGCAGCGCCGUCUGUCUAUUCCGUAUGGCAAGAUCAACGGCAACGUGGGCAAUCUCCACAUUCCUCCGGCUCUAGUGGAGACAGAUCGCGAGGUUUAAAGGUCAACUCAUGUAGAGAAUCACCGACACGACCCUGUUUUUGUAAGGGGGCAUAUAUAAUGCUUCUCGACGUCACUUAAUAGCAUAGGCCUACUUGCCAUGAACGAACAAACAUUUCUUCUUCAGCCUUUGCAAAGCAAGACUUCAGUUUUAGUGCAGUCUGUAAUUCCAGGUAUUAACUGACUAUGUAGGCAUCGCCUGAUUCUCUGUGCAUAGAAUGCAUUGCAGGUGACACACUUAGAGGGUUGAAUUACAGGCUCUUUGGAACAUGGAACCUGAUGGAAUAUGAUGGAACAUCAAGUUUUGAUGUGGACUUUUUAUUCAUGUGAAAUAUGUUGACAUAUUAUAAAUGUAUGUACAUAACCUACAAAUAUUGCUCUACUGGCUCUUUUUAGAACUAAAACCAAAAUGUUGAAUUUAUUUUGUUGAAUUUAUAUAUAUUUUUGUGCUGUGUGUUUUGGUGCAAGCUGUUUCGGGAAAAGGUGCUGUUUUCACAUCACAGAAUUACCCAAAAGUUAGUUAACAGGUGAGUGGUGUUUCUGGAUAUAAAUCGCAGGUUUGGAUAUAAAGUAGGCUUGAAAAGCUUUGUAGUAUUUGUACAGUUUUUUACCUUUUGUACUACCAUUGAUAUGUGAGUGUCUUUGUUUCUUAAAUAAUCAGUGAAUUUCUGAAAUGGAGGGUCAUUUCCUGUAAUUUGUUUUUUUAGUACUUUUCAAUGAAUUUGAGUCAGUUAGGAAUUACCAUAAAUUUGUAUCAAAGAUUAAGGUUACGGGUUGGGAAAUGGCCUCCAAAAGUCAGUGUGUACCUUUGAGCCGCUCUAUAACAGGUUGCAGUUUUUGUUGCACGUUUUCCUAACUUGACAGAUAAUUAAGGAAUUGCCAUGUUGUAAAUAGAAUCUAAUAAUUCCUCCAUGCAUACCUCAUACAUAUUCAUAAGCUAGCUUUGCAUUUUGCUCUGCCGCAUGUAUGAAAUGAUGUGGAAUAUUUGCCAGCCAUGCACAUUAAGUAGAUUUUGAUCUACAUCCUCUGUGCAUUCCAUACUUGAAUACCCGUUAAAAGAGGCUUCAGUAAAUACUGUUACAAAAGUACACUUGUAACAUAAUGACGUUGUUCAUUUGUGCACUUUUCCCUAUAGUGGGAUAGGAUCCACCACACCCCUAUGGGGAAGUACAGGUGAACAAAGCAUGACAUCACAAUAUUUUAGGUCUGUUGAAAUGUCUUGUGCCUUUUGCCAGUUUCCAGUUGAAAAUGGUGCAGAUUUUGGUAGAUUAGAUAUAUCUCCAAAGGGCCAGAUACUUGUGAAUAAGCAUGCAGUUUGCCGUCCAAAAGUAGUAGUAGAUGCUUUGAUAAAAAUGCACCUCUACCUUGACACAUGAUGCCCAUAAGCUUAACCCUGUCUUCUUAGGAUGUGUGUAUCAUACUGAUAUUGGAGGAUUUAGCCCUGUGAGGGUUGAUUGGGAAAAAAAUUCCUCCAUGAAUGACUUGUUCUGCGGAAUACCACAGAGAGGCAGUUCAUUUGGGAUUUACUUGCAGUUUUUCUGAGUAUUCCCUGCAUUAAAUGCCACCCCGUCCUCAAGACCCUGCUUGCAUCUGCCAGACUGACCACUGCGUGAGCAAAAGGGCAGCUUUGAUCAAAAUGUGUCCGAUUUGACUGGCGCACUCUGCACUGGUACCUAUUACUGUACCUAUAUUUCCGCUAAAUCCCAGAGCAUAGAGAGUUGUCCUUGGUUUUAUGCAGUACGCAGUGCUACGCACAACCUACAUGUAUAUGACUGACAGGGGAGUGUUUGGAGACUUCAAGCCCAACUCACAGCUAACUUCUUCUUUUACAGCACAGGGUUUGUGGCUGAUCUGGUCUUGGCCCUUAGGCUUACAUUCAGUUCUGAAGUUUAGAUUCCCUUGUACCUCUAUGAAACUGUUUGAAACAGGAGAUGUACUUUAUUCAUUUGUCAUUCAGCACCAACGGACUAGCAGCUAUAUGUAAGUACUGAAACACGUACAGAAACCUUAAUCCCAUAACACUGGAAGUCUAUUGGUUGGGUUUUUGUAAAUAUAUAUUUUUGCUGUGCUUAAUUUCACACAAACUGCAGUUUGUGUUUAAAGGACUUCUUUUGAUGUUUUCUUAUACAAGGUAAUUUUGCAAGUCCUCUUUUUGUAUUCUUUCAAUAAGGGUAUUCUUAAAGAGUGUAAUAGCAUGAAAUAUUUAGUGUUUGAUGACCAUUUUGUAUUUGUCUAGCUUAAUCUCUGGGAAAUGUCUUUUUUCCAUGUUGAAAAGAUAGAGGUCCCUGUGGGACAUGUCACUUUAUUUCAAUUUUAUUUAUUUAUUUAUAACUUUUUUUUGAAAAACUGAAAGCACCAAACUGUACUAGAAACUUUCUUUGUAACAGGAGAGAAUUUGUGACCUGUCAUCACAAAAUGAGCUGAAAGUCAGAAUUUUCAAAAAUUGA